AUGCCUACAUAUCCAGCUACCUCAAUCAUUUCUAGCCACCGGCAUGCAGCACCAUCGGGACCCUGGCCGUGGGUGGACUUUGACACUGACUCAGACAUUACGCUCAAUUAUGGCAAUACACCAACCUCACCCGGCACAGCGGGCGAGUCAUGGCGCGGAUACCCUGAGGCUCUCUUUGGAAAUUGGAAGCCAGAUCAAGUGAAGCGCAGCAGGAUGCUUAGCAACUCUCCGGAGCUUGGAAAGUGCUCGGCGCACUGGUUGGAUGUCCUAACGAACGGGGCUUUUACGAUUUUGGAUGAGGAAGGACAAGACCAAACAAGUACAAUAGCACCUGAACGUAUAAAUGAGUUUUGGGUGCUAUUGCAGACGCCUCGACCUGCGAACAUCCGUGUUCGUGCAUUGUUCGUAGAUAAUAUUUCCUCGACUGUGCUGCGGAUGCUUGGAACAAGGUAUAAUAUUGAACCAUUCUUCUUUACUUCAUCCGUAAAUUGGAUACCCUCGCAUUACCAAGAGGAGGUUCGGUCGGGCAAGGGUGAUCAUAUCACGAUUACGCUCCAAUUCAUGCGGACGAUGCAAAAUCCAGUCACUCGACCAUCAACACCAACAGCUGAAACACCGAGUUCAUUGAGAUCUAUACCCUUACAGUACAUAUCGACGGACGAACCUCAAGUCAUUGAUACUCAAGCACCACUCGCUCUCAGAGGUGGCAACAUUGUUCUCCCCGACCUCCUCGCGAUACAUAUGGUACGAUCCGAGGAAUCGAGCACGAUCAUAUCAUAUCAUCCACGCUCUAGUUACCGUCGUCCUCCUGCAAAGCGGCUACACUCCAUUGUCUACCGUGCGGGACAGAAAAACCAAGGCUUAUUCUUUUGGUUUCUUAUCAAAGCCAUUCAGGAAUCUCAAGUGUUGUUGACUAAUAAGAUCGAUCUGACUCGUGAACUUCAUAUCAUACAAGCACACCUCCUAAACCAUCAGUCGCUUCUCCAAGACUUUCAGAAAUCCGUCGAGUUCCUUCAGAAGACCCCGAAUCCCUCUAUGCACUCCGAUAGCGAACGUGAGGACUCCAUGAAUCUCAUGGAAAGGGAGUGUGGGAAUCUACUCUCCGAGAUUGCGAGAUUGGAGAGCAGGCGAUUGAUGCAGAUCAGUAGGCUGAAGAACGUGAUGGAACUGGCGUUUGCGAUUGUCAAUAUGGGGGACAGUAAGCAUAUGAGGGAACUGACGGAGGUCACCGUCCGAGAUUCAGCUGCGAUGAAACAGAUCUCCUACCUCACGAUGAUAUUCCUUCCAGCUUCCUUCAUUGCAACCGUGUUCGGAAUGAAUGUCAAUGAGAUUACCGGGCAGCAAGGACAGGAGUCGCUCGUUCAUUACAUUGCGACGGCAUUAGCGCUCACAAUCGGUACUUCUUGGCUCGUGGUGGCCUGUCAUUCGCACAGUCCUUUUAUCUCCGAUGAUAGCACUUUGGUGCAGCAUGAUGGCGCACAGAUGAUAUGGGGCAUAGAAUGGUUUGGAGAUGCGUAUGCAUCUGCAUGCAUGAUAUCUUACUAUAUUCGACGUUGUGACCGCACCACUCCCGUCGUGUCUCCUUCAUACAAAACCAAGCUAAUUACAAUACAAUGUAUUUAUUAUCUACGGAGCACAGGUCCACUAGGAUACAUUACCCAUCUUAUUAUAUUAUACCCUCAUGAUAGAUUCUCAGCCCAAUGUGGUACUCGUCAGGAUUCAAUGGAACAGGAGGCAGGUAAGCCCCUAGAAACAACUCCCACUGGGCUGACUCGGGGACCAAUUAGAGGCCUUAUCACACGAGGUCGAACGGGUAACUGCCAUGCCACCGGCGGUACCCGCACCACCGUAAAUUCUGUCCUCUUACUUUCCUCGUAUUGUCGACUGAUACCGUCUCUCCACAGAUAUCGACAUGCGGCACCAUCGGGACCAUGGCCAUGGAUGGACUUUGAAGUAGAUUCUACGGCCUCUACGACUGCCAUUGAUUCAUCCUGGCGGGGGUACCCCCAAAACCAGUUCGGGAAUUGGACACCAGACCAAGUAGGCCGUAGCAAGAUGAUCGAGAAGUGUCAGGUGAAUAAGACUAGCACCGUUUACUGGAUGGAUGUGCGCAACAACGGGAGUUUUGCAAGCUCAGAUAUCGGAGGAAAGGGUAAUAUUACAGUAGUGGGACCUGACCAUGAACAUGAGGAUGGGUUUUGGGAUAUAUUACAGGGGGAACGUCCAGACGAUAUCCGAGUGCGAUCGAUAUUUGUAGACGACUUAACCCCGUCAGUCUUGCGCAUGCUGGGCACUAGAUACAACAUCGAACCAUUUUUUUUCACGUCUUCCAUAAAUUGGAUACCCUCACGAUACCAGGAAGCGCCUGUCCAUAACAAAGGAGAUCGCAAGUUCAAAUCUUCCAUUUUGCACAUCACUAUUACCCUGCCAUUUGUACGAACGCUGCGCAAAAAUUCUCAAUCAGCAUCCACCUCUCAAUAUCUAUCACAACCAUUGCACUCCAGGAGUAAGCGACCCAUCAUCUAUGCUCAGAUCAACACCCAGGCUCCUUUCCCUAUGAGUGAUGGCAACAUGCUUUUCAUCGACCUCCUCGCGAUUCACAUGGUCCGCGGCGUAAAGACAAACACCGUCAUCUCCUACCAUCCUGAGUCUACGUGGUGCCGGACAUCCGCGAAGCGCCUCCACUCGCUCAUGCAGCUCGUGGGGGGUAGUGUGUACUGGCAAAAACUAUUCGACAAGUCAAAGGACCCGACUUUCCUCUUCCUCGCGAUUUUGUGGUAUGCAUUAUAUGCAUGGGAUGAGUCCUUUGAGCUGCUGUACAAACAUCUUAGUGAACUGGAGUCAAGAGUACUCCAAACGAAUAAUCUGGAGCUCACGCGCGAGCUUCAUAUCCUCCAAGCGCAUCUCUUGCAGUAUCAAUCACUGCUUCAUAACUUUGAGGUAUCAGUACAAUUUAUCGCGAAGACCCACAAUCCGGCCAUGGACUCUAGUAACUUCUCCCAUGAAGAGCGCAAAGAGUCGAAGAAACUUAUGGAGAGGGAGUCCGAGAAUCUACUCAGCGAAAUAGAUCGUCUAGAAAGGCGACGUGCGAUGCUGGGAAACCGACUGAAGAAUGUGAUGGACCUUGCUUUCGCGACUGUUAAUAUCGACGACAGUAGACAAACGCGAAAACUGACAGAGGCGACGGUCAGGGACUCGGCAGCUAUGAAACAGAUCUCGUACCUCACGAUGGUCUUCCUGCCGGCAAGCUUCUUAGCUUCUGUGUUCGGAAUGAACGUCGUAGAGUUCAAUUCAGGAUCUCUACAGACGCUCGGCCACUACGUCGAGGUCACUGUUUCGCUCACGCUCUUCACAAUUUACAUCGUCGUCACGCUUCAGACGUAUAGCUCAUUCCAUGACCACAAUGCUCCAUUCAUGAGACGUGCAGUGUGGCCAAUUCUUACUUUAUGGAAGAUCAUGUAUAAGAGAAGGGGAAAGACGGGAAAAGACAUGGUGUGA